UCGGCGUUCUAUUGAACGUUUUCUGUUCGAAAACAACAACACCUUCAGUUUGCUGUUCAACAACAACAAACAUGACAGAUUUUUGAGACCUGAGACUGAAAGAUCGACUGGAAAAUGCCUGGGUGCUUUUCAAAAUUGGCGGAGAGAGUGCGUGGACGUCGGCGGUCUACUGCGUCGACAGGUUGUUCAAAUUCAUUUGUGGGUUGUUUUUGUUGUCUUUUUCCGUUUUGCAGGGUUCGCAAUCGUCGGGAGGUGGACAGAGACAUCGAGGAAUCAACUGUCCUGGAUGAGGUCCAGUUGGUUGUGCCAUUGGAUGAUGUGCUGGAUGUACCACUGCUGCCAGCCAUCCUUGAGGAGGUGCCAGAUGUGCCGACUAUCCUUGAGGAGGCCACUGGUAAUUGGCAGUUGAUACCGAUUAGGUUUAGCUCCCUGUACUGUGGGCCUGUUGUGAUCAGGAACAAUGCAGGUCCGGUGGUUAAAGCUUGGAGAACUUUCCAGUUCAUCAGCCCCAUUAUCACCUACAUGCGUGGGGGAUCCCAGCAGGUGGUGGUGAGGAUGCACCAUGCGAGUAGGGUUCGAGGCCUGGAGACUCAACUGGUGUGGGCCAUCUCCAAGGAGACACACAGACUUAGUCCAGAGGGCAUCCCCUACUGUGCCACCAAGGUGCAGUCCAUCUCUUGGAUCCAGUAUGUGGCUGGCAGGGUGACCCAGUAUGCGUCUCACCUCCGCCACGAGACGUCUGUGGCCGUGACGCAUGGCUGCUACCAGCAAACUGAUGUCUCGGUGGUGUACGCCACUCUCCACAUGGGGCUGGAUGGGCUGCUCUCCUCCUCGGCGUGGUCGGAGGCUGCCUCCGUCUCUACGCCCACCACUCAGCAGUUCACUGAGCCAGAGCCUGAGGGCCACAACUGCUAUGAGGGCUGGGAGGAGGACCUGCUGCCUGAGGAGAGGGAGGUUCCUCUGCUAAACCUCUACCUUACCACCAAGAGAGUGGAGGACAUCGGCCUGAGGCUCGUCUCCCUGCGCCAGGCCUUUACUGACGAGGCCGAAUUCAUCCGUGCCUAUAACGACUUUGUGGACUACCUGAGUGACCCCUCCAAGCAGAUUGACAUUGAGAGGGAGCUGGCUGAGGCAAAUAUCCAUCAUGUUAACCUGAUAGAUGUCCUUUUUGAGCUGGUGCUGUUUCGGAUGAUGACAGCUCAGAAAUCCCUGAUGGUGCAACCUGGUGGGUUCAUGGAGCGUCUGUACGCUCUCCUGUACUCCUUCCUGCCCACUGUUGCCAGCAUUGAGCCAAAGGCUGAGAGAUACCUGUUGCUGCUCAAUGGCGGGCUGAUGGCUCUGCUAGAUGACAUGUUUGGGCAGCAGCUGGCCUGGUAUUUUAACCGAGAGUCUCUGGUCACUGAGCUCUCCAGUCUCCUGGAGUACCACCUCGAGUACCUCAUGGCCAGCAUGUAGUCCUUCUCUCUCUCUCUCUCUCUCUCUCUCUCUCUCUCUCUCUCUCUCUGGAAUUGAGGACUUGAAGUGCUUCGUUGAACCCUGAUUAGUAAACACCUAUUAAAUUCA